AUGGCUUCAACUACAGAUACCAAGAACUACAAGUUCAACCACUCAAUGAUCCGAGUCAAGGACCCCAAGGCUUCCGCUAAAUUCUACGAAUUCCUUGGUAUGAGCCUUGUGAAGAAGCUCGAGUUCCCUGAUAGCAAAUUCGACCUCUACUUCUUUGGCUAUGACUCUCCUAAUGCCUUGUCACACAACAAGAGCACUUUUGACAGACAAGGACUUAUCGAGUUGACUCACAACUACGGCACUGAGGAUGAUCCUGAGUACAAGGUGAACAAUGGUAACCAAGAGCCUAACCGUGGUUUUGGCCACACCUGCAUUGCCGUCGACAACAUCCAGGCUGCCUGCAAGCGUAUCGAGGAUGCCGGUUACAAGUUCCAGAAAAAGCUGACAGAUGGACGCAUGCGAAACAUCGCCUUUGUACUUGACCCUGAUGGCUACUGGGUCGAGGUGGUUGCCAGAAACGAUUACAAGCAGACAGAAGAUGUGAAGGAGACUGAUGUAUCAACCUACACUAUGAACCACACCAUGCUUCGUGUCAAGGAUGCUGAGAAGUCCUUGAAGUACUACCAGGAGGUUCUUGGCAUGUCUCGACUGCGCACCCUUGAGAACCCUGAGGCCGGCUUCAACCUUUACUUCCUCGGAUACCCUGGCGAUCAGCCUUUCCCCGAAGGCCAGGAUGAGAAUACCAUUACCCAUCGGGAGGGUCUUCUCGAAUUGACAUGGAACUAUGGUACCGAGAAAGACGAGAACUUCCACUAUCAUGACGGUAACAGCCAGCCUCAGGGAUUCGGCCACAUCUGCGUUUCGGUUGACAACAUUGACGCGGCUUGCAAGCGAUUCGAGGACCUGAACGUGAGCUGGAAGAAGAGACUUACAGACGGCCGAAUGAAGAAUGUUGCCUUCUUGUUGGAUCCUGAUGGCUACUGGAUUGAGCUUGUACAGAAUGAGAAGUUCUCUGGCAAGGAGAACUUCUAG